AUGUCAUGUUUACUGCAGUCUCUGCCGAGAAAAUUUAAUACCAUGCACCACUUGUUGACUGGUACCAGCUUGUGUAUUUGGAAAACCUAUAGGAACAUUAUCAGCAAGAGCUCCCUGUCCGUUCAUGCUUCUUACAAACAAAACCAGGAGCUUGAUGUUUCAUAUAUUGGAUAUCUGCAGGAAGUUCCUUCCAAAAAGAGGUAUUUCCACCAGAUUUCUCUCCCUUUUAGGUCUUGCUGCGAGCUAGCUUGCCAGCUGCAUGCCUACAUUGAAGCAGAACAGAAGGCCUUUCAUUUCUCCAAUCAGAACACCACCAUGUUCUCUUCAGCAUCUUUUCAAGCACUUAAAUAUCAUCAUCCCCCCAUGUUUGAAAGACUGGAGAAGAAGGAGCUUGGCCAGCUAGAGCUUGAAUGGGGUUUUAUGAAGUAA